UCCUGAGCAACACAGGAAUCUUAACACAUGUGGAACUUCAACAGUCAGACUCAGUCCCACGCACACCAUAGCUCAUGGAGGAGGAAAGUAGAUAGAGCUAGCAAAAGAGAACAGUCAGGAGGCUAAAGUCAUGUUCUUAAGAAGUGGGAGUAUUCAGAGAAAACUCAGAGAACACUUUCUUCACAGAACAGCUGGAACUGGGCUGAACAAGAAAAGCAGAGAAACAGAAACAGAAAACACAAGAAGACAAAUGCUACUUAUGAAAGAGACUUAAAGUUAAAACAGAAAUUGGACUGACAUGGCUGUUUCAAUGUGAAUAUGUUGUAUGUUUGUUAACUGACUUUCAGAUGGAGGUUAGCAUAAAAUGGGUUUCAUACGUCAACAGAGAGAAUGAGGCUAUAACACUCACCUGACUCUUUUGAAUGGGCCAUGGGCGAUGUGGUUGUGCCUGAAGAGGGCAAUGCUAUGGCCACUGACUCCCACCCAGUGGCCAGAUCAGACCAGGAAUCUAAAUCCCAACCUCCACUGAGUCCCACCCACUCUGUCAUUUCUUCUUCUCUAAGCUCCCACACCCAGCUACAACAACAUACCUCUGCGGUUUCAGCCCUGCAGUCCAAGGUGAAGACUUGCUCUGAAUGCAAAGCAAUCUGGAAACAGCCUUCUAAGAAGAAAGAAGACAGGAGAGUGGUGCCUGGGUUCUACAUGUCAGCAUGCUCCCACACAGGUGUCUGGGGAUUCAGCAGCAGUGAUGAAGACAUCACAGACAACAUCUGCAAUACCAAACAAGAUAUCUCCUCAUGCCACAACAUACCAUGGACUCCACCCAAAGGCUUUAGGAGGAUCACCAGGCAAGAGCCCUUGCUAUCAAAUGGAGGUGAUAUUCUAGAAAGAGAGAAAUCUAAAAGUGGGGUUAUGCCCAGGCCCAUGCCUCUGAGGACAGAUCCCAACAUUCAGGGAGAGAUUAAAAUGUCAGACAGCACAGAGGACCAUCCUCAAAGCUGCAGGCCGAGUGACUCAGGCCUGGCAUCAACAACAGGAAGUGAACUGUGGCAUGCUGAGAGUCUAGAGAGCAUCUGUAGCAGUGGAAGUUCUCUCUCACUAGCAGAGAAAGUGGAGAUAAACCGAACCAUCCUCAGACAGAUGCUGCAGAAAGCCCAAAGGAAGAGCAGCGAGGGGCAACAGACUACAAUUCCUGAUGAGAGGAUGGAGAAUACACAUAGGAGAGGUAGGCUGAAUGACAGUGACUGGGAUUCUGGGAUUUCUCUUCAUGACAGUGAACAGAGUCAGAGGCCCUUUGUCUCAGGCGCCGAGUUGCCACUCAGUCCUCACCAUGAACAGGCCAAACAAUUGCUGGAGCGUGCUCGUAUGAAGGCCCGCUCGAACCCACUCAAAGCCGACCACACCAUCCUACCCGUCCAGAGGGACAAGCCGGAGCUGCUCUCCUUGGUCGGAGCUCCUCUUGUGGGUACGGAACGGGUGCUGGUUGGCUCAGGAAAUCUCAGCGACUCCUCCAGCAGUGACUCGACCGGAGGCUCUCGGCGCCGUCGUACACAUGGGCAGUCUCCAACGCGUGUGCGUUUUCAAGAUGAGUCAGAGAAAGACGCUGAAGUGCGUUACUUGGAGCGGCAAUGCAAACAAGCUGGAGAGAGGACACAGGGACUGCUGGGAGCCAAGCCCAGUUUGGCAACAUACAUCAACAGCCAGAGACCUGAGGUCAAAUACAAAAGCAGGAGGAGUCAGGAGAACUCACCCAACAUUAAUAGUCAUUAUGAACCUGAGACCAUGGGCCAACAGUGCAAUUCUUGUGGAACAAUAUUGGAUGGAGAUUUUUCAGAUUCCUGCUUCUUUCAAAAACAACCAUUGCUUGCUAAUGGAGAAACUGAGGGAAGGACAGUGCCAUGUUGGGUUGCACCCACACUGCCUAACCGCCUGGUGCGAAUAGAGCAGAUUAAAGAGACUUACAUAGGUGCCUUGAGCCCUGUCAUUGUGGAGAGUGAUGGCACACACUGUAGAGCUGCAGGCAGUAUGGGUAGUGGUAGGGGGACUCUACAGAAGCAGAAGAGAAAAAGUCGUAAGAGCGAUGGCAGUCCCGAGAUCAAGGCCACUGCUGCCAAUGGGGUCAGAACACAAGGAUCACCAAGCAUUUCCAGUAAUACACCCAUGUCUAAUGGAGCUAUAGCUUUACCCCCAAAUCCAUAUGCCCUAGAGUCACUAGAGCUAAAGGUGGAGGGUAGAACAUGCAAAUCUCUUGCUAACUUUAAAGCCUGUGUGCCUUCAGUGGUCUCCAGAGGAGAAGUGUCCGGAGCUCAAUCAGUUCCCAGGCUCCCUCAACCUAUUCCACCACCUCUCCAGCCCAAAAAUUCUGCUCAGAAUUUGGAGAGUCCCAAUAGCCAGCAAGUCAUGCCUUCUCAACACCAUCAUCUGAUGCAUAUAGACACUGUACAAGAGUGUGGUGAGCAGUCAAAUUUGGAGUGUAUCCUUCAAGGAAACCCUGAUCUUCCAAAAGACACAUUGAUAUCUAAAAGCUCCAUGCUAAAGGAACUAGCAGGUAGCAACAGUCACAGCAAGAGAACCUUAACAACAGGACAACAUGGUUCCCAACAAACAGGUUUGGCACAGGACCAAAUCAGAGUGGAGGUAGUAGCAAGCCCUGCCAAAACAUCUGUGAAUAAUGGACAUAUUCAAGGAACUAUCAGGGCUGAGCAGCAAAGGGAGGACGGCCCAAGCCCUUCACUAAACAUGACCCCAGAGGCUGAGCAAAGGGAGGGUAAAGCUCAGCAAGCACUGCGCCGUUUCUUUUCAGCCAUGGGACUUGGUAAGAGUCACUCCAGAAGCAUGGAACAGCUCGGCCCACCACUCAAACCCAGAACAAAUUCCUCAGAAACCCCCGGCCCCCUACAUGCACUAAAGAAAGCACCCUCACUCCAGAAUCUACGUCUGGCGUCUCCCUUCUCUCAGCUGAAGAAAUCGUCCUCGGUGCAGAAUCUCCAGUCUCCCAAAAGGAAGCCGGAGCGCUGUGCUGUUUAUACACCAGGGGAACGGCCCUGUAGCCCCGCCCUCUCCAGGGGUCUACAGCGUGCACUAAGCGUAGAGGACGUGGGCAGCCCCAGUGCGAUGCGCUCAGUGGGUAGAGUCGCUCAGGCGUUUCCUGAUGGGACAUUUCUGUUAGAGCUGAACCGGCCUCCAGACAGACACUUUGGCUUCCUCAUCUCCCGUGGGAAAGGCAGACCAGACUCAGGUGUGUAUGUGGAGGACAUGGGGGACAGCUGUACUCAGAAGCUGUAUGCUGGACUGCUGGGAGUGGGUGAUGAGAUCCUGGAGGUGAAUGGGGAGAAGGUAGCAGGGCUGAGUUUGGACUUGGUCACUCAGUUGAUGGUCCAGAAUGGUACAGUGUCCAUCCGUGUGCUGCGGCACCGACCACCUCACCAUUAACAU